AAACUUCAGGAAACGAAAGUGUUUAAAAAACGGUCACCUCACACACAGACUGUUUACUGUCAGGAUUUCUUCAGCCUGCUUCGUCUACUGCUCUGGUUCUCAAUACAAGCUAAGCAUCCAUGACAUCUAAAGGAGCCAAAGAGACCAUCGUCACCAAGUUGGGUUUCAAAUCCAGCAGCUCUGCCUCCAAGACUGAAGCAGAGCUGGAGAAAGUCAGGAAGGAGAACGCUCACCUGAGAAGGAAGAUUGAUGAACUGGCCAAACGACAUGUCAAACCACCUGAAUCAGACAAAAGCAAGCUGCUGGAGAGGAUUCUCUCCCUUGAGACGCUGCGAGAGAGGAACAAUCAGCAGCUGCUGGUUAAAGAGCAGGAGCUUGAAACUCUGAGACAGCAGCUGUCAGCUAGAGGAGGAGAGGUGGUGGCAUCGCUGCAAGCCCAGCUGGAGCAGCGGAGGAGAGAGGCAGAGCAGAGGGACGUGUUGUUCCAGAACUUGUCACAGGAGACGGAGAAUCUGAAAAACAAGCUGGCCACUGUUUCUGCCCGAUGUCAGUCCAACGAAGCCCAGGUGGUGAAUGGACAGGUACCUCCUGCAGACUUGGCACUGGUACAAGAUCAGCUGAGAGAUGCUCUGGAGAAGAAUCAGCAGUGGCUGGUAUAUGACCAGCAGAGAGAAGCUUACGUGCAGUCUGUCCUCACCCGUACAAUGGAGCUGGAGCAGCAGCUGGCUCAGGCAAAGCAGGAGCAACCCAAGCAGGAGUCCAGUUCAGAGGCUUCUGACAACUCAGCAGGUCCAGAAAAGGAAUCUCAGCUGAAAAGCCACUAUGACCAGCUGAUGUUAGGGUUGCAAAAAGACCUGGAGAACCAAAAAGAUCAAGUUUCCAGAACCCAACAGGAGCUCAGUGUGCAGAGGGAGCAGACCAUGAAAGCUCAGGUUGCAAUGCAGUCUCAGAGGGAGCAGGUCACCAGGGUCCAGGAGGAGAUGUCAGCGCUGCAGAGGAAGUACGAGGGCAAGUGCAGCGAGUUGUCAUCCUUUCUGAUGAAGUACGAUGUGAAACGCAAAGAGCUGGAGGAAGCCAAGAUGCAGCUGCAGGCAGAACGACUGAGCAACAGACAUGCAGUGAAUGAGGAGAGACACGUAUCGUCUGAGCGGGCAGACAGAAUGAGAGCGGAACUGGACAACAUGGAAAUUCGACUGGAAGAGGAACGGAAGAGAUCCGCUGAGCUUCUACUGCAGGUAAAUAUGCUGCAGAAGUCUCUUCUGAGCCAAAAUGAAGAACAGAGGAGAAUUGCAGUACUGGAACAACAGAUCCAACUCUCUGCCAAGGACUUUGAGAAUGAGAAAAUUGAUCGUCAGAGCAUGCAGCAUCAGUUACAUAAGGUGCUGAAGGAGCUUCGUAAGGCCCGUGAUCAGAUUGCUAAACUGGAGUCUGCUAAGCAGCCAAAUGCACGCUUUUCAGAGCCAAGCUCAUACAACAGGCUCGAGUUUGAGCGUCUUACUAUUGAUGACCCUCUUGGCCCCACAUCCCCAUCUAAAGUCACCAACCUCCUGGAUGAGAGUUUCUUGGAGUGCCCAAAGUGUCGCACCCCAUAUCCCACCAGUCGCCACAGAGAGCUGCUGGCUCACAUUGACUACUGCCUCGCCUAAGCUAGCACAGAUUCUAGACCAGUGUUUCCCAGUCUGGGUGUCAGGAGCUGCCUUCACCCAAGAGGGCAGCAAUAUUGCAUAGAUCACAAACCAAUGGGGUUGGGAACCACUGUGCUAGAUCAUUAGAUCCAUUCAGAAGAUGUAACCCCCUCAAAAUGUAUUGUAAACAGCUGUCUGGGGGAAAAUUUGAAAACCUCGAACAGGCAGUUUUAGACACUGAUUUCCAUAAACACAGCACUGUUGUGAGCAACAAAGGUGAAAGCUAAGACAGAAAGCUACUUGCAUACCUUUGUGCUAUUUUGUUUUGAUUUCCAUAAACUGAAUAUACUGCAAUGUGGCUCAUGUAAGAUAAGUUUGAAAUAUGCCUUGUGGUGUCAUAAUAAUCAGUUGAAGGAAACUUAUGCUUUCAGUAAUGCAAAUAAUGAGACAUGUUAUUUUCCAAGAAGGAUUGUGUAUGUAGUUUCCAUAAAUCAUGAAAAAUCUCAUUAUUACUGCCUUAGGCUCUUUGUUUCACUCCAAGGGAUGUCUUACACAAGACCCAAAUACUUCACUUCAUAAAAUGUUAUGUUUAUAUAAAAGGGACUCCAAUGACAAUUUAAAAAUGCAUAUUUCAUAUCCCCAUCACCUUAGAGUUAUUUAGAAACUGGCUAAAAGUAUUUACAUAUUCAUGCCAUCUAUAUGCUCCAGUUCUUUUUGCCAUUAGACUAUCAUGAGGCCUAAGAUGAAAUCAUUUACAGAAAAAAGAUCCUUUCAUAUGAUUAUUUUUGAGGUCCUCCACUAUUUGUAUUUUACAAUGUUUGUGAAGCUCUUAAUGAAUUCUGGUUGUUUUUAUGGUUGUGUGUAUUUGAUUUAAGUAUUUAUUCUUGGGUGAUCUACUGUCUUUUUUUGUUUCUUUAUAGGGAUGUUCCUUAUUUUAUUGUCCAUUAAAGUUUACAAACCUGCCCAAAAUCUUCCAUUGGUAAAUCAGCUAAAACACACCAAUUAUCUACUCCUAGUUUCAGUAACAGCACCUUUGGCUUUUUUCUUCACCAUAUUUGCAUUGAUCUUAGAAAAUCAGCAGUGCUCAUUUGCCAUUUGGCAGUACUGAUGUGAAGAGCAAAAUAACAGGGAAAAUGUUUUGCUUUUUUGUGUUUUCAGCUAUGUGUAAAGAUAAUUACAAUCUGCCUGCCAUGUAUUCUCUAUUUAUACCCUUGGUGGUUGUACCUGAUUACAAUGUCUCGAAGUGUUUCUCUGCCUAUCAUGAUGCAAGCAGUUGGAUAAACCUUGCUGAACCAUGUCACUGUAACCAUGGCCAAUAUUUAUUUACCCCUUAACCACAUAGUUUUGUUCGCCUAAACUUAACCAGACCUGAAAGAUAAUACAGUGCAGAGCUUAACUGGUCACAUUUGGCAGCUUUUCCGUGUAUUCUUUCUGUUCAAGUGAAGCUCACUUCCAUUUCCACCUUGACUUUUCAAGCCUGCAGCCCUGUAAGGCUGCAAUGAGAUUGCACGAGUUAAUUCCUUGUACUAAACUAUUUAAGGCAGGGAUUACUGAAGGUCCUCUUGGUAGGGGAAAAGGGGUUAAGGUGUCUUUAUUCCUGCAGCCCUGGCAAUGUGACUGGAUUGACUUACAGUAAGACGGACAGACAGACCAUUGCUGUUUCAUCUUAUCAGUAGUUGUUUUAACUUGGGCUAAGUAUCUUUUUGAACAGUGCUGUCUGAGAAUCAUAUUGCUUCACCAACGUUUAUCUAGUUUGCUAUUUUUUGAAGUUACUUCCUCCAUUGUAAUCAUGUGCUCUGAAGCUGUUUUGCCAUGCUCUGUACUGUACACAAAAGUGCAAUAAAGAUGUAACUCUCCCUCCAACACAUCAGCACUUUUUGGAUGUUUGAUCAUGUCAGUGAUCCAUGUAAAGGCAGUGGAACUUUGAUCUUAAUGCUAAUCUUAGCAUACUAACAUGCUGUUCAUUAGUAGGGGUAAUGUUUACGGUGUUUAUCGUCUUGGCUCAAAUGCAAACAUUUGCUAAUGACGCCAAAGAACAGAGUGCAAUUGAGGCUGAUAGGAAUGCCGAUGGUUUGGAACGUAUUUAUAAUGUAUUGGACAUAUUCCAGAGUGUUUCCUGGCUCAUAAUGUGCUUUUGGGGAGGGAGUGCGCACAACGUGACGUGUACUAUAAAGGCUAUGAGGCUGUGACCUUAUAUGACAGAAAUCAAUACAUUUUCCUGUUAAGCCCCAGUUCCCAAAAAUGGUUAUAAUAUUAUCAUUUUUGGUGUUGGUGAUUUACCUAUAGCCUCUGGGGAGCUCCAAAAAUUCCUGUAUGCAGAGAAAACCCUGAAUUUAAAUUUCAACGUGGCACUUGUGCUGCACGAAAAGUACAAGUGACUCAUUACAGUUCACCUUGAUGUUGACAUGAACUUUGGAUCAAAUUUCAGAGCAGUCCAUUUAAUGGUUUUUCAUGCAUCCAAAACCUUAAAUCUCAACCUCAUGGUUGGACUGGACGAAAAUUCAAGGGUUGCCAAAAUCUUCCGGAUGUAUGAUUUGGCAACAAGCUGUUUUUUUUUUUUUUUGUUUUGUUUUUAAAUGUAUGCUAAUCCAUCCAGCAUGUGAAAAUAUAGUUUUUGUGCAAGUGAACACUUAACAAAAACGAUCAUAAAAGUUAUUAGGAUUGAUUCAUUAGGUGCCGUGGAUGAUUGUACUAAAUUUAUUGGCAGUAUGUCCAAUAGCUGUCAAAUCAAACGUCAACCUAUAGGGGACACUAGAGGUACACCUUGUGGAUAUAUUUCAGCCAAAAGUGAAGGAACAACUGACUGAGAGACGGACCGACGUCCUCAUCCAUAGAGAUGUGCGACAUCGCUCUAUGGAUGGUAGUGUCAACGUGUCUCAAUAAAAAAUAAAGUGUUAAUCUAAAAUUGACAAGUGAGACGUUAGUUUGUCAAACUAUACAUGAAAAGUAUUUUCAGACAUCAAUAAAAAUGAGUAAAAAGUAGCCCUGUGAAACCAGUUAACAUUUACAGAAAAAAACAUUACUAGACCUUGUCAAAUACAGAAACAAAAGUCACAGAAUCUGAUCCAUCUCACAUGUUUGCAAAAGCAGUUGGCCAAGUGGGAGGCCCUGCUGCCAAGAAUUAAACCCAGCUGUUUGUGGUACAGGAAGCUGUUGUCUGAAGCUCAUUUCACACCCUUGUAUUUGUUUAAUGUAGCACAGGAAUAAAAGAUAAACGUAAAAUUCUGCAUGUACUUGGAUUUUUAUGUCUUUUGAGUGACUGAAUCCGAAAGCAACAACAUGAAUUUGUUAUUUGCAAUCCAGGAAUCCGGAUAAAUAUUUGAAGGGCAAUCAAAAAUUGACGAGCCAGCACGGUAUGAAUGUUUUAUUUCAAAAACUGGAGCAAGAAGUACACAUCAUAUAAUUAAGAAACAACCAAACUGCUACUCUAUGUGUAUAUUUAUAGCACAUUAAAAAGCACAUGUGCAUCUAUUAAGGUUUAUUAACAAUAUGUACUUUUGUGCUACUACUGUGCGUCCUUCAGUGUAAAAGCAAAGCCAGUGAUUUAUGAACCUGUUUUUGUAGUAAACAUGGUAGUCACAAUCCAUAGCUGCGGUACUGCUGACAGUUCAGGUUCACUUUAAAAGAAAUUUUCACAACCGAUUGUUUCUCACAUUGUCUGGAAAAGUUUCACUGGUUUCCAUAAGCAAGACUGUCUUAAACAAUUCUGCGGUUCCUAUACAAAAAAAAGAGAAA